AUGCCGAUCAAUCAACCUUCAAACCAGAUUAAAUUCACGAACGUGUCUAUCGUUCGUUUGAAAAAAGGCAAAAAGAGAUUUGAGCUCGCAUGCUACAAAAACAAGCUGCUCGAAUACCGAUCGGGCGCCGAAAAAGAUCUCGACAAUGUCCUCCAAGUUCCAACAGUCUUUCUUUCCGUGUCGAAAGCCCAGACAGCCCCUGCCGCGGAAUUAUCGAAAGCGUUUGGUGCUGAUACUCCCCGUGAUGAAAUCUUGCAGGAGAUUCUACGAAAAGGCGAGGUGCAAGUCGGUGAACGUGAGCGGAAAGAAGUUCUCGAGCGUGUCGAGAAGGAGGUUCUGGACAUCGUUUCAGGGAGACUAGUCGACCCAAACACCAAGCGGGUGUACACAUCUGGAAUGAUCUCAAAGGCCCUGGAUCAGUUGCUGUCCGCGAGCGGUCAGCAACAGCAACAACAACAACAGCAGAAUGGAGAAGCAAAUGGGGCUGGAGACGAGCUGCCGAAGAAGCCCAUGUGGACCGGAGUCUCUUCGAAUCGAUCGGCGAAGAGUCAAGCGUUGGAUGCGAUGAAGGCACUAAUCGCGUGGCAACCCAUCCCCGUGAUGCGAGCGCGAAUGCGUCUACGAGUGACUUGUCCUGUAUCUCUGUUGAAGCAGUCCGUCAAAGCUGCCCCAGUCGCAAAUGCAGUCAGGGAAGAGAAGCCAUCAGGGAAAGGAGGCAAGAAGGGAGGAAAGGGAAACAAAAAGUCCAAGCGGGAUGACUCCGAAGACGAGGCUGGCGCGUCCGGCAGCGAGGCUGCACUCAAAGCCUCCGGAACAGUCAAAGACAAGAUUCUGACCUACAUUGAAGCAGUCGAGUCGCAAGAAACGAGCGGUGAUGAAUGGGAGGUGGUAGGCUUUGCCGAGCCGGGAGCUUUCAAGGGGUUGAAUGACUUUAUCGGCACCGAGACUCGUGGCCGAGGCCGUGUGGAGGUGUUGGACAUGUCCGUGACACAUGAAGAUUGA